UGCAGCUCCAGAAUGAUGAACUCCGCCGACGCUUGGCAUAUGCUACAACAAAGAUGGAGGCCAUGGAACAUGAGCUGGAUGCUGGCCGCCAUUACCUGGAGGUGGAACUAAGCCGGAACAGGGAGGAACUGGAGAAACUGAAGGACAAGUUUCGGCGGUUACAGAACAGCUACACGGCCUCCCAGAGGACCAAUCAGGACUUGGAGGAGAAGCUGCACACACUGGCCUCGUUCAGCCAAAGCUGGAUCUAUUCAAUAAAGAAAGCAGAGAUGGACCGCAAGACGCUGGACUGGGAGAUUGUGGAA